AUGUAUUUUCGAAUAAACUUCCAGGCCAUUGCGUGUUGCCAAAGGAACGCUGGGCUUGAAACCACAAGCGCACAGCAAGCUACUCAGACGGGACCAGCUGCAAGGUACGCCGAACUCGAGUCUGCUUUUGCUGAGGAACAUCGCAGAAGUACCAAAUACCAAGAAGAAGCUCUAGCGGCGAUUGACAAGCUGAGAAGCUACAAGCGCAGAGCUAAUUCCCAAGUUCUACGCAACGAGUUCGUCAAACAGUUCAAGUCACUAGAUGAACAGAUCGACAUUAUAAACCCUGAAUUUAAUGGGUACCUCAAGAGCCAUACAAACAAAGCGUUGUUCAUUAAAGAACACUUUAGGGAAAGUGAUGUAUCAGGUCCAAGUCGAUUUUAUGGGCUUAGGUUGAUUUUUGGUUUUGACAUUCCGCUGACCACCCCCACGGUCGCAGGUCCACAUAUUGCCACCGAUUCGGCAUACCGCUUGAAAGAGUACCACGUAUGGCGCACAAUGACCGGUGAACUUCUCAGAAAUGCUUAUUCUCAGGCUUUGUUUGAUGCGACCGAAUCGACGUCCGCUCUACAUGACGACUUACUCAAUGAGUUCCUUGAAUUCUUCGGCAAACACUCCAACAGCAUUAGUAAUAUCAGCAACCUGAAGGCAGGCUUUGAUCUGACCAUACGCAACGCUGAGGAACUUGCCUCCAUACUUGUUUAUGCGCCAUCUCACAUUGAGCUGGAACAUGUGCACCCAAAAGACUUUCCUUUGGAAUACUUCCGGGAUCUGGACGAAAAAAUGGACAAGGGACAACGGAAAGACUUGGAGAAGUACGACAAGGACUCACUCCGGAAAGAGUACUAUGGUCACAAGCUUGAUGUGUGGGGCAUUCGCUGUGACUACUAUGGUUUCGGUUUCGACAAGACCAUGAUGGAAGAUAUUCAUGGUUCCAAGAAUGGCACCGUCGAACUUGUUGUCUCUCCUAUGAUCUUGGGGUACAAAGAGAAAAUGGGAGAGUGGAUGGAGGCAAAGGUCUUCUACCCCAAGACAACUGGUGCUAGUAAGAACUCACGCCCUUGA